UACUCAUAAACAUUAUGGUCACCGCUCUUGUCUUCAAAGUAGAAAGAUGUCAAUCAGAAUUAGUUGUUCCAACAAAACCUACACCUCAAGAGUGGAAACAACUUUCUGAUAUUGAUGAUCAAGAAAGUUUUAGAUUUCAAGUUCCCAUGAUACAAUUUUAUCGAAAUAAUCCAAGUAUGGAAGGGAAAGAUCCUGUGAAAGUGAUAAAAGAGGCCGUUGCAAGGACACUAGUAUUCUAUUACCCUUUUGCAGGCAGAAUUAGAGAAGGGUUUGGUAGGAAGUUGUUUGUCGAAUGCACAGGUGAAGGAAUCUUGUUCACUGAAGCAAAUGCAGACGUGACUCUAGAACAGCUUGAGAAUUCUCUUCAACCCCCGUAUCCAUACAUUGAUGAGCUUCUUUACAAUGUUCCAAAUUCUGAUGGGAUUCUCGAUUCUCCAUUAUUGCUCAUCCAGGUGACACGGCUCAAUUGUGGUGGGUUUAUCUGUGCCGUUCGUUUUAAUCAUGUGAUGACAGAUGGUUUCGGUAUGGCCCAAUUCAUGAUGGCCAUAGCUGAAAUGGCCCGUGGGGAUCUUGCUCCAUCUAUUCUUCCAGUAUGGCAAAGGGAUCUCUUAAGUGCAAGGGACCCUCCAAGAGUCACUUGCCAACAUCCUGAAUAUGAUCAAGUUGAUCAUGACAAUGACAUUGAAGGCACCAUGAUUCCCUUCAACAACAUGACUCAACGCUCAUUCUUUUUUGGCCCAACUGAGUUAUCUAUUAUUCGUGAAACAUUACUCACUCACUUUCACAAUUGCUCUUCAUAUGAGCUUCUCACAAUAUUCAUUUGGCGUCUUCGUACCAUAGCCCUUCAACUUAGUCAAGAUGAGGAACUGCGUCUUCUUUGCCUCGUGAAUUUACGCACCAAAUUUAACUUCUUUCCAUUAGGGUACUAUGGCAACGCAUUUGCUUUACCCGCAGCCUUAACUACUGUAGGUAAGCUUGCCCAAAAUCAUAUAGGUUAUGGUAUAGAAUUAGUUGAGAAAGCUAAGGCAAAGGUGACCGAGGAGUACAUGAAGUCUAUGGUGGAUCUGAUGGUGAUGAAAGGGCGACCCCAUUUUAGUGUGGUUCGGUCAUUGCUAGUGGCAGACUUGACAGAAGCUGGGUUUGAGGAGGUGGACUAUGGAUGGGGAAAGGCCAUAUAUGGUGGACCUGCGAGUGGAGGAGUUGGAUUAGUCCCUGGUUUGAUAAGCUUUUGUGUACCUUUUAAGAAUAGAAAUGGGGAGAAGGGAAUUGUGGUGCCUCUGUGCUUGCCAGCUCCAGCCAUGGAAAGGUUCGUGGCAGAACUCGAUGCCUUGAUGAACAUAAGAACUCCUUGAACUUGAAAAGC